CAGGCAAUAGAACCGCGAAACCCUUGUCCCCUCCCGUAAUCUGAAUUUACCUCAGCUCCCCCACCACCAAACCCCCCCUCCUUUUCUGUCUGGGAGAAAACUGAUUUGAGUAGCAGUAGCAAAAUAGAGAAGUACUUAGGAGCAGAGGAGGAGGUGUUACUAAAAUACUACAGUAAUAAACAAAGAGUAGUUGUGAUGAGCAGCUGGAAGAGUUUGCUACUGCGUAUUGGAGAGAAAUGCCCAGAGUAUGGCGGAAACGCAGAUUUCAAAGACCACAUUGAGUCAUGUUUUGGCAUUGUUCGUCGAGAACUAGAUCCCUCUGCUGAUGAUAUUUUGCUGUUUCUACUUGAAUGUUCUGAACAAUUGCCUCACAAGAUUCCUCUGUAUGGAACGCUGGUUGGCCUAUUGAAUUUGGAAAAUGAGGAAUUUGUCAAGAAGGUACUAGAAAAAAUUCAGACCAAUUUGCAGGAUGCUUUGGAUUCUGGGAAUUGCAAUAGGAUCCGCAUAUUAAUGCGCUUUUUAACUGUUUUGAUGUGCAGCAAAGUUCUUCAACCUAGUUCUUUAGUUAUUGUAUUUGAAACCUUGUUAUCAUCAGCUGCAUUAACCGUUGAUGAGGAUAAAGGAAAUCCAUCUUGGCAAGCACGUGCUGACUUUUAUAUCACGUGCAUUCUAUCAUGUCUUCCAUGGGGAGGAGCUGAACUUGUUGAGCAAGUACCGGAGGAGAUUGAUAGAGUUAUGGUUGGCAUAGAAUCCUACUUUAGCAUUAGAAGACAUGUUUCAAAUGCUGGUUUGUCUGUUUUUGAGGAUACUAAUGAGAACAAUAAGCUUCUUGAUGAAAAGGAUUUCUUGGAGGAUUUAUGGGUUCGCAUUCAAGAUUUAUCCAGUGCUGGGUGGAAACUUGAGAGUGUUCCCAGACCCCACCUUUGUUUUGAACCUCAGCUGGUUGCUGGAAAGUCUCAUGAUUUUGGUCCAAUCACCUGUCCUGAACAACCAAAUCCUUCUGCAGCAACCUUCGGGAUUUCCUGUGGUAGACAAAGGAAUGUAGCUGAGUUGAAAUACCCUCAGAGAAUACAAAGGCUUAAUAUAUUUUCUGCUAGUAAAGCUGAGGAUCUACGACCUAUAGACCGCUUUGUGGUGGAGGAAUACUUGUUGGAUGUACUAUUGUUCUUAAAUGGCUGUCGAAAGGAAUGUGCUGCUUACAUGGCUGGGCUCCCUGUGCCUUUUCGAUAUGAAUAUCUUAUGGCGGAAACAAUAUUUUCUCAGCUUCUGUUGUUGCCUGAGCCCCCUUUCAAGCCGAUGUACUAUACAUUGGUUAUUAUUGACUUGUGUAAGGCUCUUCCAGGGGCCUUUCCUGCAGUAAUAGCCGGGGCAGUUCGUGCUCUUUUUGAGAGGAUAGCUGAUUUAGAUAUGGAAUGUAGAACGCGUCUGAUUCUUUGGUUCUCACACCAUUUAUCUAAUUUCCAAUUCAUUUGGCCAUGGGAAGAAUGGGCUCAUGUCCUGGACCUUCCAAAGUGGGCACCACAAAGAGUGUUCGUUCAGGAGGUUCUGGAAAGAGAAAUCCGUUUGUCAUAUUGGGAAAAGAUUAAGCAGAGCAUUGAGAAUGCCCCUGCUUUGGAGGAGUUGCUUCCACCAAAAGGUGGACCAAAUUUUAAAUACAGUGGAGAAGAUGUUAGUGAGCGAACUGAAAAGGCACUUUCUUUGGAACUAAAUAACUUGGUGAAAGGUAGACAAACAUUCCGUGAAAUCAUCACUUGGGUUGAAGAUAGUGUAAUUCCAGUUCACGGUUCAGAUUUUGCGCUCAGAGUGGUUAUCCAAACCCUCCUUGACAUAGGAUCCAAAAGUUUUACGCAUUUGAUAACAGUUUUGGAGAGAUAUGGCCAAGUCAUUGGAAAGAUAUGUCCUGAUCAGGAUAGACAAAUCAUGCUGAUAGCUGAAGUGAGUUCUUAUUGGAAGAACAGCAGCCAAAUGACAGCUAUAACCAUUGACAGAAUGAUGGGAUAUCGCCUUUUAUCUAAUUUGGCUAUAGUGAGAUGGGUUUUCUCCUCAUCAAAUGUUGAUCAGUUUCAUAUCUCUGAUCGUCCAUGGGAGAUUCUUAGAAAUGCUGUCAGUAAGACGUACAAUAGGAUUACUGAUCUAAGGAAAGAAAUUUCAUCUAUACAAAGGAGUUUUUUAUUGGCUGAAGAAGCUGCAUCUAAAGCUAGAGCUGAGUUGGAGACAGCUGAGUCAAAUCUUACUCUUAUGGAUGGUGAACCAGUCAUCGGUGAAAACCCUGUGAGAAUGAAGCGAUUGAAAUCGAAUGCUGAAAGAGCAAAAGAUGAGGAGAUAAGUGUUCAUGAUUCUUUAGAUGCCAAGGUGGCUCUUCUUGCCCGUGCCAUUGAGGAAAAUGAGGCAUUGUUCCUUUCAUUGUACAAGAGCUUUUCUAAUGUUCUAGCUGAACCCUUGUGUGAGGCAUUCAAAGAUGGAAAUGUGAAGCCUGCCGACCAGGCAGAUGAAAUGGCCAUUGACCUUGAAAGCUCGUCUGCUAUGGAGUUGGACAAAGAGAAUGGGAGACCUAAGAAAAGUCAUUCAAAUGGGAGAAGGGCUGGUAACGGCUAUAACCUGGAUGAAAGGGAGCAAUGGUGCUUGUCUACACUGGGUUACGUGAAGGCCAUCACAAGGCAAUAUGCAUCAGAGAUAUGGUCUUUCAUUGAGAAGCUAGAUGCUGAUGUAUUGACAGAAGAUGUGCAUCCUCUGUUCCGGAGAGCAAUAUAUAGUGGGCUUCGUCGGCCUCUAGAUGAGCUGUAAACUCGUCAUUAUAUGGCUAAUAUAAGGUGUUCAUGAGUGAGUUUGGUGUAUCUUGAAGUUCAAUUCCAAGAGUUACAUUUCAAAUGGAGUGGUACUGGACUAGUUUAUGUGCCUGGAAAUAUGAACUUAGAGCCUAACCGAGGCAGUGAUCACGGUGGUGCAUCUCUCUUUAGCGUCUUUACCUGUGUAGCCUUUUCAGUGAUAGUCGUGAUUGCGUUUUCUGUGUAGCAUCUCGACCUAUGUAGUAUUUAUUUUCGGUUAAAUUGCUGUUUGUUGGGUACAUAUUUGUCGCAAUUUUGUGGUCAUUCUAUUGCUAUCUCUUUCUGUUCCUUUCUUUUGGAUAAGACGUUAUUGGCUAAAGCCUGGCUUCGACGCAA